AUGAUGUUGAUUUUCUUAUUUGCUCUGGCUCUGGAUCCUGCGUCUCCUCAGGAUGACCAUGAGGUGAAGCUACAGCUCAAUGAGCAGAGAGUGGCGCUACAGCGAGGCAGCUGUCCCAUGUUCUGGUUCAGCUUCAACGGCCGCUGCUACAAGUACCUCUCCUCGCCCAUGUCCUGGGCCGAUGCACAGCUCCACUGCAUGUCACUCAGAGCCAACCUGGUGUCUAUCCACAGUCAGCAGGAGCAGAAUUUCGUCAACUCCCUGAUCAGGAAUUUUGAUCCUGCUGUAAGACCCACCUGGAUCGGACUCAGUGACAUCCAUAAAGAAGGCAGCUGGAUGUGGUCUGAUGCGUCUGUAGCCAACUUUUUCUUUUGGAACACAGGAGAGCCAAACAACUAUCGAGGACGGGAACACUGUGGACACACCAACUUGGGCCCGGCUUUAAGAUGGAAUGACGCUCUUUGUUCAUUGCAAAUGCCUUUUGUUUGUGCACUUCGCACACAUAUGUCUCUGGAGGCGAGGCUCACCGAGCUAGAGGCACAGCUCCGGACCAUGUCUGAUAGAGUAGCUAGCCAGUCGCCUGUAGCCGGUACGGAGCGACCUAGCGUAGCUUCUGCUAGCCGUCCCCCGGUAGUUCCCGAGCAGCCGGGAAACCAGGGCUGGGUGACCGUCCGAAGGAAGCAUAGUCCGAAGGUUCAGUCCACGGCUCACCACCCACCCCCCGUUCACGUUUCUAAUCGUUUUUCCCCGCUCAGCAACACACCUGCUGAGAAACCGACUCUGGUCAUUGGCAGCUCCAUAAAGACGCUGGAAACAGGUCCAGUAUGUGGCAGAGCUAUUUUGGAAGAGAUGGCUACUGGAAUACCUCCCUCUCCUCCAGGAAAAACAAAAGUGGUCAAGAACCAGAAGAAACUUCAUCCCAAAUGA